AUGUUUAAAGAGGAAGUUACCAAUCGUGUCCCUAAACCAACUUCAUUGCCGCCAAUUGAGAUGAGUGAGAGCAUUGACAAGCCUGAAAGUCUUGUUGGAGACAACAAGCCAGUCGAGUCGGCUUCUGCCGAAAAAACAGCGUCUUCAAAGCGUUCCAGGAGCCCAGAAAAUGGGGAAAACGUUGACGAAGCUGGCCACGCCAAAAAGGCCAAGAAUGACGAACAAAAGAACGAUUUGAGAGCCUCUGGUGAGACUGAACCUGCUGUGGAGAAAAAGGGUGAGACUAAGCCAGCAGGAAGCGAAACUGCGGAAGAAACUGUACGAAAAGUAGGUCAAGAAGUUGAUGAGAAGAACCAACAACCGUCGCCAACAGCCGAGGAUAAAAGCUCAAAGACAAAAGAAUGCGAAACCGAGUGUUCUGCUAACUCGAAAGAUGAGCAGAAUGUCAAAUCCGCCGAAAAGUCAUCUGAAAAGUCCAGUGAGAAGCCCAAAUUUACCUUUGGAGCAUCUUCUGGUUUUAGCAGUGGAUUUGGUGUAGCGAAAAAGCCCUCUGAAGCUGAAAAGAAACCAAAGGACCUGGAAACCAGCAGCAAUGAUAAUUCUCAAAGUACGCCCAAACCAGCAGCUUUCGGGUCCGGAUUCGCCUUCGGUGCCGGUUUCCAUGCGUUGAACAAGGCCAAAUCCACAUCGAGUCCAAAAGUUUUCGAAAACGAAGCUGAAAAGGCCGAAAAGUUCGAAAAAUGCAAAAGUGCUAGCUCGACGCCAACGGGGUCUAAGGAAGACGAAAAAAGCAGCGGUACAGAAAGCGAUGGAGUUGUAAAACUCACAAAGCAGGAAAUCAAGUCUGGAGAAGAGUCUGAAGAGUCAAUUUACCAAGCAAACGCUAAGUUAUACCAGCUAAGUGACUUAAAGGAUGGUUGGAAAGAAAGAGGUGUUGGGGCUAUACAUGUUAACACGGACCGCAGUACCGGCAAAGGCCGUAUUGUAAUGAGGUCUCGCGGUAUUCUCAAAGUUAUUCUCAACGUUUCUCUUGUGAAGGGGGUUAUCAUUCACAAAGGGUUCCCUGCCUCGCUUAACGGGGAGAAAUUUGUUCGCAUCGUCACUGUCGAUCACGAAAAGGCUCCCGUUCAGUACGCUCUGAAAACGGGAAAGGAGGAAACCGCUAGCGAACUGUACGAACACAUCUCUAAGCUAAUACCAUCUUGA